UUAGUCCACUUCCAUUCUCUCUGCUUUCUCUACUUGAAAUCUUCCUCUUCCAAGUCCCAACUCUUGCUGUCCUGCUGCGUGCUACCAUUACUCUGUAAAUCUGUAUCGAAGCAGCUCGCCGGCGGCCGUAAGUGCUCAAACUACAAGUCAAAAGAGAACAAUUUGGAUACCGGAAGAUAAAGCAUUUCUUGUUUCAGGUCAAUGUUGUAUGCAGUUUCUUCACCUAAAACUUGUAAUUGUAGCAUCUCUUAUCCUAGAAUUCAGAGCCCAUUUUUUCAUCAAAAGCAUUUAGCCUCGACAAGGCUUCGGGUCUCUGCUGCUUCUUCAGCGGAGGCGAAUGUGGUCAAGAUUGAGUAUACUCCAUGGUUGAUUGUUGGCUUGGGGAAUCCCGGGAACAAGUAUCAUGGAACACGCCAUAAUGUGGGUUUUGAAAUGAUUGAUCGCAUCUCUCAAGCGGAAGGCAUUUUGAUGAACACUAUACAAUCAAAAGCAUUGGUUGGCAUAGGUUCCAUUGGCGAGGUGCCAGUUUUAUUGGCCAAACCUCAGACAUAUAUGAACUUCAGCGGAGAAUCAGUUGGACCGCUUGCAGCAUAUUAUCAAGUACCCUUGCGUCACAUCCUACUGGUUUAUGAUGAAAUGAGCUUACCAAAUGGAGUGUUGAGGAUUCAACCCAAAGGAGGACAUGGUCACCACAAUGGAGUGAAAAGUGUUAUGGAGCACCUAGAUGGUCGCCGUGAAUUUCCCCGUUUUUGCAUAGGUGUUGGGAAUCCACCUGGUACGAUGGAUAUGAAGGCUUAUCUUCUUCAGAAAUUCAGUGCCUUGGAAAGAGAACAGGUGGAUGCUGCAUUAGAACAAGGCAUCGAGGCUGCAAGGACGCUUGUACUAGAAGGAUUCAGCAGUCGAAUUAACAGAUUUAAUCUUGGCCAGAAAUACAAGUAUCACAAAGUUUGAAUCCAUUAUCACAUUGUGUAGGGAGACAUGAUUUACAUUAUUCCAUCAAUGUGCUAAUUUUCUGCAGCUUCUCUUGCUAAGUACUUGUAGUAGAUGUGUUUUUUAUGAUGUUAUGACAUAUAGACAUCGUAUGAAUAUGUAAACUACACAGGAUCUGCAUGAUCGCAAGAAACAGACGCCUUGGGACGACAAACGUGAUGUCGUCGUAGCAUUCAGAUUAAAUUAUCGUUGCUUAA